AAUGUUGUUAGUAGCGGAAAUCAGGAUAUUGACAAUUUGAUCAAAGCAACAUACACGAAUCAACUUAACUUUAGAUUAGAAUGGAUACCAUUUAACGAUUUUACAAAUAUAGCCCAAAUUGGAACUGGUGGUUUUAGCGAAAUAUAUACCGCUACAUGGACAAAAGGAAGAAUAAUAGGUUGGAACAACACAACAAAAGAAUAUAAUAGAAGUAAAGGGGAAACAAUUGUGUUAAAAGUUCUUAAAGACUCCCAAAACAUUAGUUCAGAAUUCUUAAAAGAGUUACAAAAUAUUGUUAAAAGUCAACCUAAUUCCCAUAAACGUUACCUUAUUCAAUAUAAAAUUUUUAUAGAAGCUGAAAAUAAACGAGAAGAAUUACUUAAGUCCGGGCAAUUUAUAGCAAAAUAUAUGCAUCCUUGUUCUAAAACACACAGUAAAUUAUUAAAUCCUACAAUAGACUUGAUGCUUUCAUUAUUUCAAAAUUCAUCAGGCUCUACAGAUACUUCUCAAAAUAUUAAAAUGCCAGAUUCAAAACCUAAUACCCUAUCAAUAACUGAAGCCAUUUACCAGAUUACCAUCUUGAGCAACCUAAAUUUGAACCAUGAUAAGAAAUGUGAUGAGGCAGGAAAGGCUUUAGCGGAAGCUUUAGACGCAAAUCCUACCGUAGAAUAUUUGGAUUUGAGUUCAAAAGAACUAUGCAAUGGGGCAGGUCGAGGGAUAGCUAAGGCAUUAUGUACCAACAGCACACUU